AUGACGCGGAUAGUGGCCAACCCCGAGGUGGGCACACGGAGCUGGUUUCACGAAUAUCACGAUCCUUCCGCCCUCCGCUCUUUGCCGUACUUCCUGGAGCUCCCUAAACAGCCGGCCCACGACGCCGUCCUCCUCCGCGUCCUCGGCAUCUCCAGCCGCACCCGAUCCCGUUUCGCUCUCACCCCGGCCGCCGCCGCCGCCAUUGCUUCCACGCCCCGAGCUCGAGCAGGCUCGGAAUCACUUCCAGCGGUCGUGUACCUGCCGGCAGCGGCGGCGGCAGACAGCAGCACCGCCGUCGCCGCGGCGGUCGUACAUUGCGUCGGCAUGUGCGACGGCCAGAUGCCUUCGGGCUCUGGAACGGCCUCGCCACCGGACAGCCGCCGGGCGGGCGUCUGCACCGUUGUCGUGGAUGGCACCGCCGCUGCCGACGACGACGACGGCGAUGGCGAUGACUGUGUGAGCUGUGGCUGCUGCGGUACUCCGCCGCCGCGUUUAGAUCGCGACGCCCCGAAAGGUGGCCGCGGCGACGCGCUGGAUGCCGCAGCGGCGGCAGAGGCGCCGCCGCCGGCGGCACCAAGCUUCGAGUCCAGGUACGUUGUCGCAUCGCUGCGUACGGCAGCCGGCUCCUGGAGUAAGGGAGCGGCGGCGGCGGCGGCGGCACCGCCGCCGCCGCCGUGGGCACUUGCAGGCUUGGGUGGCGGCGGCGGCGACGGGGUUGUGGUCCCGGAGCUGGGACGCAUCAGCUGCUGCACGAUUGGCGAUGUCGGCGGACUGCUAAGCGAGGGUGACAGUGCCAGCUGCAGCGGCGACGUCAACGCCGACGGUGACGGCGACGGUGACGGCGGCCAACCGGCACAUUCAACCCUAGAGAACCGAUCCGCUGCGGCGGCUGCGGCGCUGCCGCCGCUGCGGGAGAGGUGCACCGCAGUUGUCGCCGCCGAUAAAGGUCCAUGUACGGCACACGACGCUGCUUUCCGUACAUCGCGCAUCGUCAGCGCCGCCGGUGCCGCUGCGGAGAAACCUGCAGAUCCCGGACUGCUUAGCCUUCCGCAGGCUCUCACAGCCUAUAUCCUUAGCAGGCUGCGACGACGCUGCAGGAGCACUUGUAUCGACGUCUGGUUGGAGGGCGGCGGCGGCGGCGGCCGCGGCGGCGGCGGCGGCGUCGCGGAAGGCCUGGCAGUCCGGUCCAGAUUGACGGCGGCGAGUGGCGGCGCUCACCAUAACGCGGCGCUAAGCAAUCAGCAGCACUUGUCUUUGUGCCAGCAGCUUGCCGCCUCACAAAACCACGUUGCACAAAGAACGCGGUUCUGGCGCCGCGAGUUCUUACUGGAACUGUUCUGUCCAAACAACGACGACAUGCACGACCGUUAA